CAGUCUCAGCGCGGCUUCCUCGCUCCCCCCAGUGCCUAGGAGCACACGCCUCCGCCAGGCUCCAGCAGCCCACCCUCUGUCUUGGGUGGAGGCACACAUCUCCACGCCCCCUCCCCUCUCCCGCUGCAGCCCGGCCGCAGCCCAGGGCGCGGAUGCUUGCCCGCCGCCCGCCCUCUCUGCGGGAGCGACUCCUCCUCCCGGCCGCGCGCGGUUCUCCUGGAGCCCAGCGCUGUGCUGAGCGCUCGGCCCGGCUGGGGAGUGCAGAGGUGAGUGCCUUCGGCCCUCCACCCCUCCACCAGGAGGUCGCCUGCUGGCCCUGGUGCCUUUGCUCCUGGUUGGGUGGCCCGCCGAGGGGGCGCCGGCUCUGGCUCUGCCUCGCCCUGCCCCACCCCUGCACUCCUAGCCCUUUUCCCGCUAUUCCCGACUCCUUGUCCCGGAAGAUGAGAGACUGCUCAGGCACCCGCACUAGUACCAUGGGUCCCUGUACUGGUUAAAGCUGUCUCCACGACCUGGACGGGCAGCAAGGGCUCUGGAUUUGCAGAGAGCCGAAAUGACCAUGACUGCCAACAAGAAUUCCAGCAUCACCCAUGGAGCCGGAGGCACUAAGGCUCCUCGGGAGACUCUGAGCAGGUCUCAGUCAGUCUCUCCACCUCCAGUUUUGUCCCCACCAAGGAGUCCAAUAUAUCCCCUCAGCGAUAGUGAAACCUCAGCCUGCAGGUACCCCAGUCAUUCUAGUUCCCGAGUGCUUCUCAAGGACUGGCACCCCUGUGAUUCUUCACACCAAAAUCCUCAAGAUCCUUCCCCAGAUACUUCACCACCCAUCUGUCCUAUCAAGGCCACCAGCUCCAAUUAUUUGGACAGGAGCCCUUCAGUGUGCAAAAGAGAGAACCAGAAGGAGAAUGUCCAGCAUGGCGCUCAGGAUGUAGAGGGAGUAGCUGCUUGCUUCCCCCUUGCCCAGAGCACCCCAUUCCUAGGGCCAACACUGGGCCCACGGAGUGUUUUGCUGACCCGCACUGGCACCCGUGCCCACAGCCUGGGCAUCCGGGAGAAGAUUUCAGCAUGGGAAGGUCGCCGAGAGGCUUCACCCAGGAUGAGCCUCUGUGGAGAGAAGCGGGAGGCCUCUGGGGGUGAGUGGGCAGUCAGUGAGGGGUGCCCCAGUGUGGGCUGCCCCAGCGUGGUGCCAUCCCCCUGCAGCUCAGAAAAGACCUUUGAUUUCAAGGGCCUCCGGAGGAUGAGCAGGACCUUCUCCGAGUGUUCCUACCCUGAGACCGAGGAAGAGGCAGAGACACUCCCUGUCCGGGACUCUUUCUACCGGUUGGAAAAGCGACCAGGCCGGAGUGAGCCCAGUGCCUUCCUCAAGGGGCAUGGCAGCAGGAAAGAAAGCUCAGCAGUGCUGAGCCGGAUCCAGAAAAUUGAGCAGGCCCUGAAAGAGCAGCCAGGCCGGGGACUCCCGCAGCUCCCCAGCAGCUGCUAUACUGUAGAUCGUGGGAGAAGGAAGACUGGACCCUUGGACACCUUGGAGGAACCGGCAGGGAGCGCGAGUGUGAAUGCUGGCACCUGGGCAGCAGGAGCUGCUGGAGUUGGGGGGGAGGCAGGCCCGCCCCUGGAGAGGGAAGGCAGUGGUUCCAUGAAGCCGGGGACCCCUGGAAAUAACCCUAGUUCCCAACUGCUGCCAUCAAAGAGCUCCCCUGAUCCCGCUGUGAACCCUGUCCCCAAACCCAAGCGCACCUUUGAAUAUGAGGCUGACAAGAACCCCAAGAGUAAGCCAAACAAUGGUCUACCUCCUUCGCCCACACCUGCUGCUCCACCCCCCUUGCCCUCCACGCCAGCCCCACCAGUCACCCGGAGACCCAAGAAGGACAUGCGUGGUCAUCGCAAGUCCCAGAGCAGAAAAUCCUUUGAGUUUGAGGAUGCAUCCAGUCUCCAGUCCCUAUAUCCCUCUUCUCCCACUGAGAAUGGUACUGAGAGCCAACCCAAGUUUGGAUCCAAAAGCACUUUAGAAGAGAAUGCCUAUGAAGAUAUUGUGGGCUGGGCAACAGUAAAGAACAGAGGGCACCUACCAGGAUGGAGGUUGCAGCAGGAAGCAAAGCAGCCAAGAGGAGAGCUACCCAAGGAGAAUCCAUAUGAGGAUGUGGACUUAAAGAGCCGAAGAGCUGGAAGAAAAUCUCAGCAACUGUCUGAGAGCUCCUUGGACUCUCUGCACAGGAUGUGGAGUCCUCAGGACAGGAAGUACAACAGCCCACCCAUGCAGCUCUCCCUGAAACCCAGUAGCCAGUCCCUACGCAGUGGGAACUGGUCAGAAAGGAAGAGCCACCGGCUGCCACGAUUACCCAAGAGGCAUAGCCAUGACGACAUGCUGCUGCUGGCUCAGUUGAGCCUGCCAUCUUCACCCUCCAGCCUCAACGAGGACAGCCUCAGCACCACAAGUGAGCUGCUGUCUAGCCGCAGGGCCCGCCGCAUUCCCAAGCUUGUCCAAAGAAUUAACUCCAUCUACAAUGCCAAGAGGGGAAAGAAGAGGUUAAAAAAGUUGUCUAUGUCAAGUCUUGAGACGGCAUCACUGAGAGAUGAGAAUAGCGAGAGUGAGAGCGACUCUGAUGACAGAUUCAAAGCCCACACACAGCGUCUGGUCCACAUCCAGUCGAUGCUGAAGCGUGCACCCAGCUAUCGGACCUUGGAGCUGGAGCUGCUUGAGUGGCAGGAGCGGGAGCUCUUUGAAUACUUUGUGGUAGUGUCCCUCAAGAAGAAGCCAUCCCGAAAUACCUACCUCCCUGAAGUCUCCUACCAGUUUCCCAAGCUGGACCGACCCACCAAGCAGAUGCGAGAGGCAGAGGAAAGGCUCAAAGCCAUUCCCCAGUUUUGUUUCCCAGAUGCCAAGGACUGGACCCCUGUGUCAGAAUAUAGCAGCGAAACCUUUUCUUUCAUGCUGACUGGGGAGGAUGGCAGCAGACGCUUUGGCUAUUGUAGGCGCUUAUUGCCAAGUGGGAAAGGGCCUCGGUUGCCAGAGGUGUACUGUGUCAUCAGCCGCCUUGGCUGCUUCGGCUUGUUUUCCAAGGUCCUAGAUGAGGUGGAGCGCCGGCGUGGGAUCUCGGCUGCAUUGGUCUAUCCCUUCAUGAGAAGUCUCAUGGAGUCGCCCUUCCCAGCACCAGGGAAGACCAUCAAAGUGAAGACAUUCCUGCCAGGUGCUGGCAAUGAGGUGUUAGAGCUGCGGCGGCCCAUGGACUCCCGGCUGGAGCACGUGGACUUUGAGUGCCUUUUUACAUGCCUCAGUGUGCGCCAGCUUAUCCGAAUCUUUGCCUCAUUGCUGCUGGAGCGCCGGGUCAUUUUUGUAGCAGAUAAACUCAGUACCCUGUCCAGCUGUUCCCAUGCGGUGGUGGCCUUGCUCUACCCCUUCUCCUGGCAGCACACCUUCAUUCCUGUCCUCCCGGCCUCCAUGAUUGACAUCGUCUGCUGUCCCACCCCCUUCCUGGUUGGCCUGCUCUCCAGCUCCCUCCCCAAACUGAAGGAGCUGCCUGUGGAGGAGGCACUGAUGGUGAAUCUGGGAUCUGACCGGUUCAUCCGACAGAUGGAUGAUGAGGACACGUUGUUACCUAGGAAGUUACAGGCAGCUCUGGAGCAGGCUCUAGAGAGGAAGAAUGAACUGAUCUCCCAGGACUCAGACAGUGACUCCGAUGAUGAAUGUAAUACCCUCAACGGGCUUGUGUCGGAGGUGUUUAUCCGGUUCUUUGUGGAGACCAUUGGGCACUACUCCCUCUUUCUGACCCAGAGUGAGAAAGGGGAGAGGGCCUUUCAGCGAGAGGCCUUCCGCAAGUCUGUAGCCUCCAAAAGCAUCCGCCGUUUUCUUGAAGUUUUUAUGGAGUCUCAGAUGUUUGCUGGCUUCAUUCAAGACAGGGAGCUAAGGAAAUGUCGGGCAAAGGGUCUGUUUGAGCAGCGAGUAGAACAGUACUUAGAGGAGCUCCCUGAUACUGAGCAGAGUGGAAUGAAUAAGUUUCUCCGAGGUUUGGGCAACAAAAUGAAGUUUCUUCACAAAAAGAAUUAAACCCCUUUCCCAGUAGCAGAGUCCAGUGCCUUGCAGAACCUGGAGCCUGGGGAAAGGGCCCAGCCUGGGACUUUCUGGGCUGCUGUGUCUGCUCUGCCCCCACAGAUCCACCUCCAAGCCAGCCCACCUCUGCCUUCACCAUAUCCCAGGAUACUGUUUGUAAAUAAUCUGCUGUAAGCUUUCUUUAACUGUUUUUGUAACAAGCAAAGAGAAUCUGAUAAAUAUUUGUAUAUUCCCAAGUGGCCGGGUGCUUUCCUGCCCUGUCUGAGCAUGGAUGGAGUUUUGCUGGGUGCUGGUGACUGGCCAAUUAUGUGCAGCUGACUGUCUCAGCCAAACCACUGAUCUUCCCUAGAGGCUUUUGGCCUGCCUGCCUGCCUGCCUGGGGCCCCUGCUGCCAGUCUUGGGCUGUGGAGAGCAGGUGUUGUCUUGUUAUGAUUUGUACAAAAGGACUUUUUUUUUUUUCAAUCUUAGAGUUUUAUAUUUUUUCUAGUAGUCCCCCUCCUCUAAGCCUCUGUUUUAGAAAGGCAAAGGCCAUUCAGUUCCCAUUUGCAACAUGGAAUUAGGCUCUUGGGCCUGGUCUUCUCUUGUUCCUCCUACCCUCAGAGAUGGUCAGUGAGUUAUGGGAAGCCCAGCCCCCAGCUCUGCCUGUGCUCUCUGGGCCUGGCUCCCAGUCAGUGGUGGUCAUGAUGCGGUACAGUGCAUCCCUCCUUCCCAUCAUCUACAGGUGUCCUCAAUAAACAGUGUAUAGUCAUUUGGGCCCGAGAGCCCCAUGUGUUCCUUGGCUUCAUUAUCUAGAGUUCUCUCUUCUGGGAAUGGGUUGAGACAGGCCAGUCAGGAAUGAAAUACCAUUGUGUAGGUAGUUGAGCACUUGAUAAGGGGUUAGCUUUAAUAUGGGUCACUGACCUCCCCUGAUAUAGAGUUCUCUUGGCCUGGUUGCCAAGAGAUUGGUCUUACAUUGUUCUCCUUCAGCUUCCCUCUCCAGUAGCUAACUUUUCAGACUCUACUUAAGUGUUUCCAGUGAUGGAAAGAAUACUUUUUGCCUUAUCAUUAGGUGAAUCUUAACAUUUUCAUAUUCAUUCUGAAGCCUAGCCUCAGCAUCAAUGGUGUCUUAAGACACGAUCAGGUAUCCUAACAGUGAUGGACAACCACUGCCAACCCUGGGCUAGCUCAUAGCCCUGAUCCAUUGCCUAUGAUGCUUCCAUGUCACUCUGUGAAGUUUUUCCAUUGGAACCCUAUCUUUUGCAUCCAAAAAGCCCUGGUACAUUCCAUGAAGAGCAAGGAAAGAAGCUGGAUGGGGAAAAACAAUGACUUAGGCUUUCUACCCACCAAGGCCUUUUAAAUAGAAAGCAGAGACCUUGAAAAUGCCCAAGAUGAGACAUUUAUGGAACUUUCUUCAUUGAUUCCGGGUUUGGGUCUGGCAGGAUAUGAACUAUGAGUUUUGUAACCUUCCACCAUAGCCUAUUUAAACAGGAGUUUCCUUCCCUCCUCUCUCUUCACUGAUGCCUGCACAGGUCCCAGCCUGUCCCUGGUUUGGGGCUCAUAAAGCCAAGUUGUGUUUGUCUUCUAGGAAGACAAAAUCACCUUCUCUGGAAAAAACCUCCUACAAAAUUGACCUUGGCAUUUGCCAGGAAUAGAAAGGGAGGAUUGAGGCCUCAUAAGUCUGGGUUUUCGGUUGAAGAUGAGAAAUAAGAAUUAACUAGAAAAUUCAGAGUAGUGUGUAGCAAACCCCAGGACUCAUCACUGUUUACUCAGCCUGGGCUUCAUGACAGAGAAGUGGAUUCCUUAAUAAAAAUAAGUAUCUGGUUUCCAAAAGGUGUUCUUGCUCCCUCUGUCCCUUUCUCCCCCAACCCCUUUUUAAUGUGGCCCCGAAGCACCUUCAGACAUGAUCAGAUGACAAGAUAGAGGUGUAAGUUAUUUUUGUGAAGUCUGAAACUUUUAUGUAUCUUAAAAAGAAAAUAGCUUAUCAACCCUUGGGUAAAUCCCAGAAGGGCAUGUCUCCUUCCUCCUCUUAUCCCAACUUAGAAAAUGGAUACUGGCACACACAGUGGCUUGCCACAGUGAUCACUAUGGCCAAGGCACAGCUUCAGGGGGAAGAGAAGGGUUUGAAUAGUUGGCCUAGUUUGGAGAUCACAAAAAGUGUUCAAGGCCUCUUUCCCAGUUCUGCUUUCGUGUAAUCUCUGGACCCCUAAACCAAGGACUCAACCUACAGAUCCAACAUUUUUUUCAAUAUCAAGUUCUGUAGCUCCCCUGUUUACUAUCCUGAAAUGAAAUUCAUAGACAACAGAACUUAAACAUAUUCUAACUAUAAGAGGAGAAAGAAAAAGAAAGUACUUUGUUUUGUUUUUUAAUAAAUGUGUGAAUGCUUGGGCACACCUGUAUUAGAAGAUACGAGGAAGUCCCAUAUCUGAACCUAUACACAGAAUCACUAUGAAUGUGACAGUUACACAUUAUGCAGAUAAGCAUGCUGUAUGAGCAACUCAUCUGAUUUUGGUCAAGGGAAUUUUCUGAAAUGAAUAA